UCCGGCGGGGAAAUUCGGGUUUUCCGGGGAGCCGGCGAAGGCACGGGGGUGCCCCGCGGCGACUGGUGCUUAACCCCGACCCUUCAGCGCCCACUUCAGUGCAGCAGAGAGAAGCCCGAGGAGGGUCCUCCUGGCGGCCGGUACCGUCCCGGGGGUGCUGGGGGCGAUGAGGAGGCGGCUCAGGGCGGGGCGAGACGGCCCCCGGCAGCCCCGAAGGCAGCGGCCCUUUCCCACCCUCCCAGAUCCUCUUCUCUCGGCGAGACCUUUCGAGCAUCAGCUGAUUUUACUGGUUACAGCUCUCCCCAUCCUUCCGGCAUCGACAGGUGAUCAGAGCAUCGUGGCGGUUUUAGGUUUAUGAUGGAACUUACAUCUUUGCCUAAAUUCCUUUGGACAAGUGACAACAAACUUCUGCAUCACCAUUUUCCGGAUAUAUUGGCUACUGUUCAUACCACACAAGACAUUGCUGAAGAAGUUGUUUUUGGACCCUGCAUGCUCCAGAACACCCUGCUGGACACUGUAGCUUUUAUUGCUCUCAAGUGUUCCGAUAGAAGGAACAUUCACUAUGUAUUUAAGGUAGAUGUUACAUCUGUGCACAGUCCCACAGGUUUGCCUUGGAUGAGACUUGUACAAGCAGCUGCCAAUAGCAAUGAGCAGAACUUGGAAGCUUACUUAGAAAACAGUCAGUUAUAUUAUCGCUCUACCAGGAAAAUCAACAAAAAUGAGGAGCUGCUUGUCUGGUAUGAUGAGGAGCUUUCCAGCCUCUUGGGUUUCAAUGAGAUAAAAGCUCAGAGUCCCCAGAAUGAGUUGAGAUGCCAAGAAUGUGACCGAGUCUUCAAAUGUGAGCAUUCCUAUCUCUCCCAUGUCCGCUUCCUAUGUGUCCCAGAGAAGUGCGCCCUGCUUUGGAAAAACUUCCAGAACCCAAAGACUGAAAACAGCAACUUAGAUGAGCAGACCACGAAUUUCCACAGCUUGGCAAGGGAUCUAGAGGUCAAAAUGACAGCUUGUAAAGAUGAUGCCCAUGGUGUCACAGGAGAAAGGAGAGCAAAAUCUGAAGAGGCUGAGAACAGGAGCAGGAAAACAGUGUUGUUAGAGAAAACCAAUAACCUGAGUGAGGAACAUAACUGUGGGAGCAAGGAAGAGGUUGGGGGAGAGCAUGCAUUGGUUGGUUCUUUCUUGAAGCUUAGUUCAGGGAGGCAGUCAGCUAUGAAGGAUAGUUCAGAGCAGAAGCAGAGUGCUUUCACUGAGGUCAGAAGGAUGAAGGAGAAGAUGAGGAAUGACAGGAUGAAGGAGCCAGAAGAGGAGGAUGGCAUAGUCCUACCUGGUGAAGAGCAGGUACCAAAGGAAAUGUGGCUGAACUCAUCUGGUAGUGCAUUCUCCUUUGUGUGGCCCACCAGAACCCGAGGAGAACAGAAGAGUGCUUUCAGCAAACCCAGUAAAUGUCUGAUAGAAAGACCUGCGAUAAAUCCUUCUCAUUCCAUGAGUGAGUCACCAAAGAGCUUGGGAGAGCUGUCUGGCUUCAUUGCCACCACAGACAUCAUGUGCUGCAGCACCCUUCUCAAUUCCAAGUUCUUUGUCAGCGAUUUGUGUAAUGCCCAGAUGCUGCAGACAAGCAUCACUCAGAGCAAUGUUUUCCCAUAUACCUCAGAACCAUGGCCCAAACAAGCAGGAAGACAGUUACAAAACACAACCACCACUUCUUCCUCCUCCUCCUCUUCCUUGACUCUUCUUCCCCCCACCUUCACAUCCUUUGGAGUGGCUGCCCAGAACUGGUGUGCGAAAUGCAACCUGUCCUUUCGCAUGACAUCUGAUUUGGUCUUCCACAUGCGGUCACAUCACAAAAAAGAAUACUCCUCAACUGAGUCCCAGUGUAAGAGAAGACGAGAGGAGAAGCUAACAUGUCCCAUUUGUCAUGAGUACUUCCGAGAACGCCAUCAUUUAUCCCGACAUAUGACUUCUCAUAAUUAGAGCUGUGCAGAUAAAUCUCACCAAGGGACUGGGCAGGCUGGGUAAAGAAGGGAAGCACAGUAUGCUUGUAUCCAUUUCUUUUUGAGUUUACUUUUUACUUUUUAAAAUUCUUUUAAUUAAUAAUUUUAAUUAAAAUUUAAUUUUUUAAUUAUUUUUUAGUUUACUCUUUAAUUUCUUGCAGAAAAUCGCUGUUUACAGUAAUUUAUAAUAGAUGCUUUGCAAAAAAAGAAAAAAAGUGAAAUGUUUACAGGAGACUGAAUGGGUUGCAAGUUUUGAAAUCUCAGCCUAGCCCUUGUCAAUCUAUUUUUGAGGAAAUAAAAUAGUGAAAUCAAUGCGCAUGCCAUAUUAAUUUGCAAGGAGUUGGGGAUAAAACUAUUGUUUUGCAAAUAGUUUUCUUUCUUGGUAUUUUAUUUGCUUGUGUUGGCGCAGUACAGUAUAAAUACAGAAGUAACAACCACCACUUUGAAUGAGGACUAUUUAAGCACUUAGCAUAUCAAAGCUUAUAUGCUGAAAGAAAGAAGAUGCUGUUUCUUGCAGGUUUGGUGGACACUUGCUCCUUCAUGGUAACUGAAUCAGCUCUCUUACCAGAUUUGUGAGCCUAAGUAAAAACCUUAUAUCUCACUGUCAGCUUGGCUGGGACUUGAAGUUAUGACUCUAUCUGAUAUAUGUGAUUGUCAACAGCUGAACAAUCGACUGCCAAAGAUGUGUCUUGUAAAUCAGAAUAUCUGAGUUCUGUUCUAGGCUCUGCCACUUUUGAAAUACCUUUUAUAAAGUCAAAUAAGCAUUCUGCCCUGAUGUGUGCUUACAAGAUCUGUGUGACUUUAGCAGAUGUA